GAAACGAACACGAAGAGCCGCUGCACCGGCCAGAUGCGCAUAGGAUGUGGCGGGCAGAUUGGGUGCUGCUUUGUCUUUGUUUGACAACUUCGUGCUUGUGGCAUUACAAUGUUGCCCUGCAGCAUCUCAACGGUUCCAGUAGAAUCAACUAUCGACCCUCUUCAAGCCGUCAUUGGGUCUGGCCGUCGACAAAAAGAAGAAAGAAGCUUUAAUCAUUCUCGUUCACCCUGGUUCGGAGUAGGUCGAAGUCACCUUGGCUACUCAUUACGAACGUCUCCACGAAGGCUUGAACUGUCUGAAGAGAGAUUGAAGACGAUGCACGACCUAAGAUGACGGAGCAUGAAUGUCAAAUAUCCUGCUUCGAAUGGGAGCUAUUGAUUCUUCACAAUAAUAAACGGAGCUCCCUAAGAGCGAGAUGUGCGAAAACCGAAACUUGCUGAGUGGGAUUUUGAAUAAAAUAAGAGUAGACCGAGUCUCAGAGCCUGAUAUAGUCCGUUGCAUCCCUGACAUCAGACCAAGAACCACAACACACCCUCAGUGACAUAGACCAAAUUGAAAGAUCACCAAGAAUCAGCUGUUUCCUCACAGGCCUUGACCUUUCUUUCUCUCUUUUCUUUGCAGUCUCCAUCGCGAACCCGAACGUCCCAGUGCCGUAUCUUCUUGUGGUAUC